CUUUUGUUAUUGUCGGGCAUGUGGAAUAUUGAGCAAGUGAGCUUUGUCUUUUGGACUUUAAUCGUUUUUCUUGUUCGAUAUAUUUUAAGAUAGAGGCUUUGAAAAAAUACUGACUAAAUCUACCAAAGAGUAAACUUUUAGCCUUCCUUGGUGAUAUAAUUAGGGUUGUUUAGCUCUGCUCGUAGUUGCUGGGUGUGUUUGUCCACAUUUCUCGAGUCAUGUGUCAGCUGACUUCCUUCUUCCUCAAUCUCCAGUCAAACUGCAGUAUUGUGUUCUUCACCGCAUCUCAGGCACAGCUACGCCCCCUGUAGGGGCAGUCCAAGGGCUAAUGUCUAAACCGGAAAAGCGGUGGGAAAACCAACAAGGCUGUACAACCACCAAACACAUUGUCUUGGCGUUUCUUUCUGCCUGUCCAUCAAGUAUGCGAGCACCGGUCAGAACUGCCUCUCUCCCAUGGGUUCUCCUAAUAUUCCUCAGUAUUUUCCACGUGGAAGCUCUUACACCUCAGCUUUUAGGAAGACGCAGCGUGGGGAGAAGUUCCUCUGAGCAGAGAAAAGUGAUUUAUGAAACUUUUUAUUUUGAUCAACAGAUCGAUCAUUUUGGGUUUUUGGAGAAUGGCACAUUCAAGCAGAGGUACCUUGUCAACGACCAACACUGGCACAAGAAAAAUGGGCCAAUUCUGUUUUACACCGGCAAUGAAGGAGACAUCACCUGGUUCUGUAACAACACUGGCUUUAUGUGGGACAUAGCAGAGGAACUGGGUGCCAUGCUUGUUUUUGCAGAACAUCGCUAUUAUGGAGAAUCCAUGCCAUUUGGAAACGAGUCUUACAGCAAUGCCAAGUGCUUGAACUACCUGACAUCAGAGCAGGCAUUAGCUGACUUUGCAGUGAUGAUUAAGUCACUAAAGAAGACGCUGCCAGGAGCCCAGAACAGCCCCGUCAUUGCCAUCGGGGGCUCCUACGGUGGAAUGCUGGCCGCUUGGCUGAGGAUGAAAUACCCCGAUGUGGUUAUAGGUGCUUUAGCUGCGUCUGCUCCAAUCUGGCAGUUCCCUGGCAUGGUUCCUUGUGGUGAUUUCUACAAAAUAGUCACACAAGACUUUGCCAAUAGUGGAAUCAACUGCAGCAAAAACAUCAGGAGGUCAUGGACAGCGAUCAACAAUGUGUCCUCAACAGCUGAAGGUCUGCAGUGGCUGUCUCAGGAGUUUGGCCUGUGUUCUCCACUGAAGGGAGAGGAUAUAAACGACUUCAAGGGCUGGCUCCAGGAAACCUGGGUGAACUUGGCGAUGGUUGAUUACCCUUACGAGGCCAACUUCCUCCAGCACCUCCCACGCUGGCCUAUUAAGGUUGUCUGCACACACCUUCAGUUUGAUACUGAUGUUUCACACAAGCAGCUUUUACAUGGCAUCUCACAGGCAGUCAGAGUAUACUACAACUACACAGGCAGUGCUGUUUGUCUUAAUGUGUCUGAGACUGCUACUGGAAGUCUGGGAAUUACGGGUUGGUUUUACCAGUCUUGCACAGAGAUGGUGAUGCCCAUGUGUACAGAUGGUGUUCAAGACAUGUUUGAGGCUAUGGCAUGGAACUUCCAAGCUUUUUCUGAUGAGUGCUAUGCUCUCUUUGGUGUACGGCCACGGAAGGACUGGGCUGAUACUGUAUAUGGGGGGAAGAACAUAAGCUCACACAGCAACAUCAUCUUCAGUAAUGGAGGCCUUGACCCCUGGAUGAGUGGUGGAGUAACUAAGAGUCUUUCUGACUCCCUGGUUGCCAUUUUGAUUCCUGAUGGAGCUCAUCACCUCGACUUACGCUUCAACAAUGAAUAUGACCCACAAUCGGUCCUCUUUACCCGAGAACUGGAAGUGAAGUAUUUCAAGCAGUGGAUCAAAGAGAAUACAAGGGCACAAUAACCACAGGACAGUAUAUAGGGACACAUUCGAUCCUAAACUAACUGAACCCUACCUUAAGGAUAUCAGCAGGUUCUGCUAACUACCAAAGAUUAUUUUUUACUAAACCUGACCAAAGUUUUUAUGUUCCUAGACUCUUUAAAAAUGUUUUUUUGAAUGACCUUUAACAUAUUUUUGUGAGCCAGUUUAGUGGUGUGUUUGAGCCAAAGUUUCAAAUCAGACAGAACCCUUGUUUUUCAGUGUGAUUAAUUAUACAUAUUUUAUUUUUCUGUAAAAAAAAAAAAUCCAAAAUAUUUUUGUGUGGAAGGAACGAUAAAAACAUUAACUUGGGAAAAAACUAAACUGUAAGACCAUAGAAUCCAAACAAAAUUCUAAUUUCCUGCCUUUCCUCAGCUGCUCUUGUGUGAUUUAAUGAAAAUGCCACAACAGACGAUGAGCAAUAAAGUGGCUAGUGGGAGGCUAGUAGUGGAAAGCAAGGAGUCCAUGCCCCAUGUGGUCUGAGCCACAGGAUCCCCCAGACUCUGAUUCAUUCACUGGCAACACAAACCCCUCUGAAUUGCUCUACCUUGACAUCCCUUCAUCUGCCCCCUGCUAGUAGGAUUAUUAAUACUACAGCCAGAGAGCAGAGGAGUAUUUGGGCUUGAUGGUGAGCUUGGGUUGAGAGUUGAUGCCUCAGAGACAAGUGACAUUUGAAUGGGAAGUGAUGAAUGAUAAUCAACCACAGUAAAAUGUUGGUAGCUCCUAGUGAUCUAUUGCUUUGUGAUCUACAGGUAUUAUUUUGUAAUUAUACACAACAUUUGAUUCAGUGUAGUAAAAUAAAGCUUUACUGUCAUUACUGUCUAA